CUGUGCCACAAUGUCUCUUAGGAUGAGCGCGCGAACCAGCAUCUAAUGAUCAGCCACCGCUCAGGUACUAUGGGUAGUACAUCGCUGGUAUCGCUGCGCAGUAGCGUUAUUUUAUGCGUUAUCUGGCUAGCUCUAGCCGCAGAAAUGGAAAUAGACCCUGUCUGGGAAAAUAUUUUCAAAGCCAGGAGCGACGAUGACUGGCGAACAGUGUGGCACACGGAAAGACACCGCAGAUGUUACCAUGACCUCCUCAUACACAUGGAUUGGGUUUGUCAGAAAGAUAUUUAUGCUGUUAAGAGGAAGAAGAAAAUUUCUGAGCCUUUUAUGGAUGACCAGCAGGCUCACCGUUUCCUGGGGCGUCGCCGAAAGCGCUCUGCUGCUCACCACGCCCUCGUCAAGAGAGGCAUCAUCGACGAAUGCUGCCACGGAAAUGCAGGGUGCUCCUGGGAAGAGUACGCAGAGUACUGUCCGGCCAACUCGAGGGUCCGGUCCUGACGACCACGUGUCCUAAAGAAAUGACUUUCUUUAUGUAUGUGAAAGAGAACGGCACCUGGCUUCGAGAUUAAUAAAAUAAAUUUUUCAAA